UUUGCGCUCGCCCUCUCGCUAUAAGAGCGACGCCGCGCCUCAGCAGAGCUCAGUCGGCGCCACCAUGAGCCUGGGUUCGGAUAAUUUCGUGUCUUCCUCCUCCUACCGCCGUGUCUUCGGCGACGGCGCCCGCUCCGGGUCCCGCUACCCCAGCUACACGGCCUCGUCGGCACGCAGCGGCGGCUCCCUGCGCUCGCAGUCGGUGCCCCGCGGUCACUACCGGCAGCCCACCGCACUGGAGAUGCUGCCGGCGGCCGCUGGCCUGGGCGACGAUUUCCGCCUGACCCGCACCAGCGAGAAGGAACAGCUGCAGGGCCUCAACGACCGUUUCGCCGUCUACAUCGACAAGGUGCGCGGGCUGGAGCAGCAGAACCGCGGCUUGGAGGUCGAGCUGGCGGCGCUGAGGCAGCGCUCGGCGGAGCCGCCCCGCCUGGCCGAGCUAUACGAGCACGAGGUACGGGAGCUGCGGUCCCGGGCCGACGAGCUGAACUCGGGCCGCUGCCAGGCGCUGCUGGAGCGGGACGGCCUGGAGCUGGAGCUGCAGCAGACGAUCCAGCGGCUGGACGAGGAGCAGCGGCAGCGCGGCCAGGCCGAGGCGGAGGCGAGGGCUCUCCGCCGGGAUGUGGACGGCGCCACGCUGGCCCGCCUGGAGCUGGAGAAGCGGGCGGAGGCGCUGCUGGAGGAGCUGGCCUUCGUGCGCAAGCUGCACGGCGAGGAGGUGCAGGAGUUGCGGGCUCUGCUCCACGCCGCGCAGCAGCCGGCCGAGGUGGACGCGAUGCCGGCCCGCCCGGAGCUCACCACCGCCCUGCGCGACAUCCGCUCCGAGUACGAGAGCCUGGCGGCGCGCAACACGCAGUCGGCCGAGGACUGGUACAAGACCAAGUUCGCCGACAUGACCGAUGCAGCGGCCAAGAACAGCGAGACGCUGCGGGCCAACCGCGAGGAGCUGAGCGAGUACCGGCGGCAGCUGCAGUCCCGCACCAUCGAGGUGGAGGCGGUGCGCGGCACCAACCAGUCGCUGGAGCGCCAGCUGCAGGAGAUGGAGGAUCGCCAUAGCGCCGAGGUCGCAGGCUACCAGGAAGCAAUCAGCCAGGUGGAGGAUGAACUGAGGAACACCAAGACUGAGAUGGCCCGUCAUCUCCGGGAGUACCAAGAUCUCCUCAACGUGAAAAUGGCCCUGGACAUAGAGAUUGCUGCCUACAGGAAGCUUCUGGAGGGAGAGGAGACCAGACUCAAUACCAACAUCACCGGCUUCUCACUCAUCAGCAUGCCAAGCAUCUUGCCUCCCGUCCAGCCACGGUUCACCACCACUGCCAAGACCACCUCCUCCUCCUCCUCCUCCUCCACCAUUGGGGCCUCCAAGAGCAAACAGGAAGUGGGGGUCAAAACACUGGAGAAAUCUUCCAAACCAAAAGCUGAGGCUUAUGAGGAAAUCAUUGAAGAGACCAUCGUGUCCACCAAGAAGGUGGAGCGGGAGGAGCAGACCUCAAGUGGUCACAAGAUGUCUAAGAGCAGUCCCCCAAAGAUCACGGUGCCUUGAACUUCCCCUGCCCCCCUCCACCCAGGGUAGAUCAAAGAAGCACAGUUCUUGCCCAAGCUGCUGCCGUGUCCACGGGUGGAUCUCCCAGUCACUCCCUUGUGUAAGAUCAGAUUUCAAUCCUCAGCCUAGUAGUG